CGAACAAUUUCCCAUCAACAUCCAUCUAAAUCAAGCAAUGGUCAACGUCGCAAUCGCAGGAGGCACUGGAGCCGUCGGGCGCACCAUCUUGGAGGUUCUGAAAGACCAUCCGCAGCACACGCCCAUCAUCCUCACGCGGAAAGCCCCGGAGGAAGUCCAGGAGCAAUUUGGCGUCAAAGCAGUACAGCUUGACUACGAUGACGUCGAAUCCUUGAAGCAAGAGCUUGAAGCGCACUCGAUCCACACUGUGAUUUCGACCUUUGGCAACAGGGGCGACUCGUUCAAAAUAUCUCAAGUCAACCUGAUCAAGGCUGCGGGCCAGUCUUCCGAGACGAAGCGGUUUGUUCCGAGUUCGUUUGGAGCUCCUUACCCCGAAGGCUCCGACGCCAUUUUGCCUCCGUUAAAGUACUACUUCGCCUCGAUCGAUGAGCUGAAGAAAACAAACCUCCAAUGGACGGUCGUUCUGAACGGAAUUUUCCUGGACUACUACGCCAUGCCGCACAUCAAGACGUACCUGAACCCGAACUCGUUGGCUCUCGACAUCGCAAGCAGGAUUGCGGCUAUCCCAGGCGACGGCAACGUGCCCAUCACUUUCACGUACACCUUCGACGUGGCGCGCUUCGUUGUCGCGAUGCUGGACCUGGAGGAAUGGCCGGAGGAGACUCGGCUGGCGGGCGACAGGGUGACGUUUAACGAGUUCGUGGCGCUGGCGGAGGAGGUGACGGGAAGCAAUUUCACGGUGCAGUACGACGGCAUGGAGAAGCUCAAGCGGUUUGAGGUCACCGAGCUGCCAUCGCAUGUCCCGCUCUAUGAGAGCUUCCCGAAGCAGAGGCUUCAGUGGUUCCUCGCUAUCUUCGAGACGUGGAUGGCCGAUGGCACGAGCAACGUCGCGCCGGAGCUGAACCAGCGCUUCCCGCAUAUCAAGCCGUUGACGGUUCGGGCAAUGCUGGAGCAGCAUUGGAAGGGCAAGGGCAAGGGAAAUUAA